UUUAUUGUUCGUUGUUCCUUUUGAAUAUUUGAUAUUCUUCAAGAAGAGGUAUAAAAACCCUCGCGCUGUUAUGAUCUCGAACUGAUUUCCAAUUUCCCAAUGGAGUUGAGGACCGGAUGCGGCUGGAGUUGGGGUUUCGAACCUUGAUUGAAUCAGGUUCUGAUUGGUAUAGGGAUUCUUCUGAGUGCUGAAAUGAAUCAAGAGUGCAAGAAAUCGAAAGGGAUUUUGUCAAACUCAGCCAAUUCCGAUGGAUCGAGCCACCGGCACUUGUCCUUCCCCGAUGAAGUGUUGGAAAAGGUCCUCUCCCUCAUAGAUUCACACAAGGACAGGAGCUCGAUUUCUCUUGUGUGUAAGGACUGGUACAAUGCUGAGAGAUGGACAAGAUCCAGUCUUUUUAUUGGAAACUGUUAUUCAGUUUCUCCUGAAAUUGUGGCCAAGAGGUUUCCGAGGAUUAAGAGGGUCAAACUCAAAGGGAAGCCAAGAUUUUCUGAUUUCAAUAUGCUUCCCCCAGAUUGGGGUGCUAAUGUGCACUCUUGGCUGGUCAUGUUUUCGAAGGUUUAUCCAUUUCUGGAGGAGCUGUGGCUCAAGAGAAUGACCAUCAAUGAUGAGAGCCUGCAUCUCAUUGCGAGUUCGUUUCCACAAUUCAAAUCCUUAUAUUUAGCAAGCUGUGAGGGGUUCACUGAUGAUGGGCUCAAAGCCAUUACCUCUCACUGCAGGAACUUGGUUGAGCUCAAUAUAAAGGACAACAUAACAGAAGGUGUCGGUGGAGGUUGGCUGAGUUGCUUCCCUGAUGACUUCACGUCGCUGGAAGUUCUAAAUUUUGCCAGCAUCAACUGUGAGGUCAGCUUUGACGCACUUGAGCGACUCGUUAGUCGUUGCAGAUCAUUGAGGGUUCUAAGGGUGAACGAGAGCAUUACUUUGAACCAACUGCAACGGCUGCUCGUGCAUGCUCCUCAAUUAAUGGAGCUCGGGACUGGCUCCUUCUGGCAGCCGCUUACGCCUCGCCAAUACAAGGAGACUAAAAGCGUCUUCAGUAAAUGUAAAAACUUGCAAUCCCUCUCGGGUCUAUGGCACGCCACUGCUCUCUGUCUCCAUGUUCUUUACGGCGCUUGUGCUAAUCUGACUUUCUUGAAUUUGAGCGACGCGUUUCUCAAAAGCGAUGAGCUUGCAAACCUUCUUUCUCACUGCCCUAAUCUCCGGCGCCUUUGGGUCAUUGACACUGUUGAAGACAAGGGGCUUGAGGCUGUCGGAUCCUACUGCCCUCUGCUCGAAGAACUCCGCGUCUUCCCUCUCGAUCCUUACGAUCUCGAUUAUUACCUUGGUGUGACAGAACAGGGCUUUAUGGCUGUGUCGCGCGGAUGUCCGAAGCUCCACUAUGUCCUAUACUUUUGUCGGAGGAUGACCAAUGCUGCCGUCGCCACGAUAGUGCAGAACUGUCCUGAUUUCACCCACUUUCGUCUCUGCAUAAUGAAUCCGCGCGAACCGGACUACCUCACAAACGACCCAAUGGACGAAGCCUUUGCUGCUGUGGUUCGAACCUGCACCAAACUCCGGAGGCUUUCGGUUUCGGGCCUUCUUACUGACUGGGCAUUCGAGUGUAUCGGGACAUAUGCGAAAAAUCUCGAGACGCUUUCGGUGGCGUUUGCUGGCAACAGUGAUAAGGGGAUGCAAUACGUGCUCCAAGGCUGUCCUAAACUGAGGAAGCUCGAGAUCAGAGAUUGCCCGUUCGGAGACGCUGCUUUGCUGUCUGGAAUCGAGAAGUAUGAAAGAAUGCGGUCCUUAUGGAUGUCGACCUGUGAUGUGACUAUGGACGGCUGCAAGAUGCUUGCGAAGCAAAAGCCGCGGCUUAAUGUCGAAGCAAUCAAAGACGAGAAUAACAAUGGCUCUCUACCUGACAAAGUUUAUGUCUAUCGAUCCGUUGCAGGGCCGAGAAAGGAUAUUCCCUCGUCGGUUCUUACACUCUAACCAUGGAAAUAACAACUUUCAGGAUUCUUGCAGGAUAUGCUUCAGACAGACAGCAUCGUAGAUUCUUCGUUAGAAGUGGGCAUCAUCGGUGGAAUAAUUCAUCGGGGGAAAAGGUGUAAUGAAAGAUCGUCAUCGUUCUUUCCAUCCGAGGUAUGAAUCUCGUGUAUGUUCUAAAUAUUUUGUUAUUAAUUAAUCACCGGCGGGUGAGUUAAAUCCAUCUUUUCGGGGCUCAAACAUCGCUUGCCGAUGUGUUUUAGUGAAGGUGUUCAACUGGUAUGUGUGUGUGUGUUCUUGUUAUAAUGUUGUUCAUGUUUCAUUUGACGUUGGAAUCGAAUUUGUGCUGCCUAUGUUGUUUGUACCUGUUGGAGAUUCAUGCAUAGAUUAUUUUCUUCUUUUUU